AUGACAACACCACCAUAUCCCUUCCUGGGUGAGGCUGUGCCACAGCCCUCAUGGGUCUAUGGCCUCUCUCAGAUAACCAGCAGCCUUUAUAUAAGUAAUGCUGUGGCGGCUAACAACAGAUUCUUGUUGUCCAGCAAUCAUAUCACUACUGUCAUCAAUGUUUCAGUGGAAGUAAUCAACACAUUUUUUGAGGACAUCCAAUACCUAAAGGUACCGGUGACCGACUCUCCCAGCGCACGCAUCUACGAUUUUUUCGACCCCAUAGCUGAUCACAUCCACAGAGUGGAAAUGAAGCAGGGCCGCACGCUGGUGCACUGCGCCGCUGGCGUGAGCCGCUCCGCUGCUGUCUGCAUGGCCUUCCUCAUGAAGUACCACACUGUGUCACUGCUGGAAGCCCACACAUGGACCAAGUCAUGCCGCUCCAUCAUCCGACCCAACAACGGUUUCUGGGAACAGCUUAUUGAGUAUGAAUUCAAGCUGUUUUCCAAAAACACUGUACAGAUGAUCAGUUCUCCCAUGGGUAUGAUCCCAGACAUUUACCAGAAGGAGUUACGUUUGAUGAUGUCAAUGUGA